AUGCACUGGCUCCGUGCGGCUUUGCUGCUUCCUGUGGCUGUUUCUGCGACAUUGAACUUGAAACAGUACAAACCAUCGUUGAACCAGCCCAAGUACUCAAACGCAAAGGCCGACUACCAGCAAAAUGUUGUGAACAAGGCUCAAGGGGAACCUAAGUUCCUCACAGACAAGACUAAGAAGUUUGUCGUCAAUGGAACAAAGAUUCCCGAAGUUGACUUCGACGUCGGCGAGUCUUAUGCAGGAUUACUCAACAUCGACAAGAACAAUGACACAGCCGGGAAGCUGUACUUCUGGUUUUUUCCAUCCGAGAGUCAGGCUGCCGACAAGGAGAUCAUGAUCUGGUUGACUGGUGGUCCUGGUUGUUCAUCUACCGGAGAACUCCUCUCUGAAAACGGCCCAAUGCUCUGGCAGCCGGGAAUGUUCAAGCCCAUCCGCAACAAAUGGAGUUGGCAUCGUAUCACCAACGUCGUCUGGGUAGACCAGCCUGUGGGUACAGGCUUUUCGCAGGGUACACCCACUGCCAAGGACGAAUUCGAUGUCGCCCGCCAGUUCCUCGGCUUCUGGCGUAACUUUGUAGACACCUUUGCCAUGCAGGGCUACAAGGUCUAUGUUACGGGAUCCUCGUACAGCGGCAUGUACUGCCCCUACAUUGCUAGCGCCAUGGUUGACAGCAAUGACAAGGACUACUUCAAUAUUGCCGGUAUGCAAAUCUUUGACGGAACGUACUCGGUCGACAGCAUCGGGGAGGAGAUUCCUGCAGUUCCCUUCGUGGAUCGAUGGGAGCAUGUCUUCGCCUUCAACGACACAUUCAGGCAGACGCUAAAGGAUGCACAUGAGAAGUGUGGCUAUGCCGAUUACAUGCGCAAAUGGCUCGUCUAUCCUCCUGCCGGACAACAGCCUGCGACAAUGCCGGGCCUAGAUGAGGAUGGCAACGUGAAGACAGAGUGCGACACCUGGACCAUGAUUCUGGAGGCUGCGACAGAGAUCACCCCUUGCUUCAGCGUCUAUUCUAUCACAAAUCUCUGCCCGUUGAAGUACGACCCUCUUGGAUUCAGCGACGGCUCUAUGUACAGGCCAAAAGGGGCGGGACCAGUCUACUUCAACCGAGAAGACGUCAAAAAAGCCAUCAAUGCUCCCUUGGACAAGGAAUGGGUCUUCUGCACCGAGACACCCGUGUUCUUCAAUGAAACCGACAACUCCAUUGACGAAGGGCCGGGAAGUCAACCAGUCUUACCCAACGUAAUCGACAAGACACGAAAUGUCAUUCUCGCACACGGCACCAAGGACUUUGUGCUCAUUGACGACGGUACACUUCUCACGAUCCAGAACUUGACCUGGGGAGGGCAAAUGGGUUUCCAAAAGAAGCCCACCGCACCGCUCUAUGUGCCCUAUCACACCAACACUGACCCCGAGACGCUGGCCGGCGCUGGUGUGAUGGGUACAGUGCACUCGGAGCGAGGCCUGACAUAUCUGGCUGUAUCUACAUCAGGCCACUUCCUCGCACAGGAUGCCCCUGCCGUGGCGUUCCGCAGUGUCGAAGUAUUGGUCGGGAGGCGUGAAGGUUUCGAGUCGACGAACACGUCGUUCACUAUCGAUCCUAACACAACAGCUCCUGUGGGAGAUGCGGGUAACGGUACAGUCUUGAUGUUCCCGCAAUCCAUGGAACCUGGAAGGGGUCAACUUUCAGGCGCCCAACCGGUGAGGAGCAGGGGGUCAGAGGUUUCUGCAGCUGGGGGUCAAGCAAUGUUUGCGAUGGCUUUAGCAACUAUUGUCGCAGUAUACAUGGAGUUUUGA